AUGUCCUGUGCGGAUACAGACUACGCCAUGGGACCAGGAACUGGUCUGGUGCCUCCGACCCACACCUCAGAAUCAGAAGAUAUUGCCUCAUUGACUUCUUCAAGAGAACUUUGCCGCUCACCAGCCACGCCCCCUGACCUGCCACCACCUAUGCUAGAUCCAUCUAACGGAGGUUCGCGAUUCUACGAAGAUUGUACACCGGAUGAUACUACGAGGUCACCAGAGCCACUGUCUCGGCACGGAACCGUUACUCAGAACUCGGCUCAGCUGAAGUCAAUUCUGGGAAAUGCCAAUUCUCGAGUCAAAUCUGGGUUUGUGUUGCUGUCUACAUCUGAAGACGAGUCAUCUCCCAAGCUACGAAUGGCUCUUGAAAAGGCCAAGCCUCGCUCACGCGUUGAACUUGAUAUUAUUCUGGAGAGUGAUACAUGCGUCCAAGGUGGCUAUCUUCGCGGUCACAUCCACCUUCACAUCAGAAAACGAGAAGAAAACGAGCACUCUAUCAUGGUCUCAGGCGGUAAACUUCGAGUGCUGGGCUUUGAGUGCAUUUUACAGGAAAACGAGCGAUUUAUCUUUUAUCAAUGCUCUGACUCUUUUUCGUCUACUGGGGCUCAUCUUGACGCGGUGUACGACUCAUCUCCAGAUGACGAGGGCUUUUCAAGCGCUAAGGAAGGGAUCUAUGUUUUGCCGUUUGCCCUACAUCUCCCUCUGUCAGCAAACAACGGAGUUCCGAAGGGCAUUCUACAUGCCCAAGUUGGAGUGGCGGUACAAUACAUCGUCAUGGUCUCUCUAAGAGUCAAGGAUUCCGUGUCUGGCGCAAAAUCAAUAUCUCACUUCUAUCGAGACUGCAGCGUUUGGCCCCGCCUAAAUCCGACCAUCGUUCUAGCGCCAACGCCACGCCCCAUCCAAGUCACUGCUUCUGCGGGACUUUUCCUAGGAGGUACCGGAAAGGUGAACCUAACAGCCGCUCUCCACCGAUUGCAUUGGAUAGCGGGCCAGCAGUGUUGCGUUAAAAUUAACGUUGUCAACGGUACUAAAAAAUGCUUGAAACACCUUACCCUCAGCAUACAUCGCUCUAUAACAAUGUAUAAGGCGCGGCCACAGCAUGAUAGCCAAACGUCAAAUUUCGUGAAGCAGGUGGCCGAAUCCACGCUCAUGAUGUGUGAUCGUAGCACCAGCGGGCACGCAAGCGCCAAGGGCUGGUGGGUUGGUGUGCCUGCUGGGGAGUCGUCGAGCUUCUCCCAUUCCAUUCUAAUUCCAGUGAGCGUCAACAGUCUCCUAUUUUUCUGCCCUAACAUCCGAAGUUAUCAGCCAGACUCUUUAUCUAUCGUAAAAGGAAAGCUUCUCGAAGUGGAAUACACGUUACGGGUGUCUCUCAGUUCAGGGGCCUUUCUGGCCACUGAUGUGCAAGUCACUCUCCCGUUCUGCAUUAUCAACUUUCUAUCCAUUGACCCUCCUCUGACCUCGUCGUCAUCACCGACUCCUCUAGAACAGCAAUAUGAAGGCUUUUUUGAAACUGAUGAUGAAAUGUCCAAUCUGAACUAUCCAAAUUCCAUCUCUUCCGGAAUCAGUUCUCGGUUAGAAUCUGAUCGAGGGGUUGAAAACGUGCAUGAAAACCACACCACUCGCCAAGAGUUCGAAACUACGUUCGACGAGCAUUAUUCGGUUGAUCCCGUACUUUCGCAAAAGCCAGACUCAGAGAAACUGGGAAACCUUGCCUUGCAGGAUGACACGGAUGAGGUCGUGCGACACGCAGUAACCUCAGCAACUACCGACGCAGAAUGCGACCAUCUCAAGGACACUCCCCGCUUCGCCGACUUGUACUAUGCGUCCUUACAAGAGAGCCUAGACCAAAUUUCUACUCCACCCGUAAAAGAACGAUCUGACUCCGUGAUGUCCCAUAGUUCCAGCAGGACACGCCCAUCACGCCCUAGAGGCCCAUCGAAUUUCGCCUUGCGCGUGGAAGAGAAAAAACGGCAAGGACAAAGCUUUCAAGGAGAAGAGUUGUUCCGUGAAGAAUCUGGUCUCCUUUUGAGAGAGGAAGAUCAGCCCACUUUACCUUUGAAACGCACACCAAUCGUGGAAGGGGAACUUUCCGACUCUGCGUCUCGCAUCUCUUACUCCUCUGUGCCAUCUGAAAGUGGACACCACACCUCCUGUUACACUGUCAACAAGACGGCCUCGCUUGCUGCCUACGCCUCCUGA